AUGAGCGAACGAACACAACAACUCGUCUCCGUAGCCCAACUGCUUGGCCUUUCCGGCGCCUCUGCACUAUCAGCAUACAUCGCUUCUUUCAGCCUCAUCGGCAUUCCCGCCUGCCAGAUGGCCCCCAUCGACCUACAGGCGAAGCAAUGGAGUCGUAUCUACCACAUCGGCAAGGACAGUGUGCCUCCUUUUGCCAUCGCCCUCUCCGGUAGCUUUGCGUUCCUUGCAUAUCAUUUCCGACACGCACAAGGCAGAUUCCCCAUCCCACCCGUCGUGCUGUACAGUCUUGCUGCCGUCCUACCUCCAUCUGUUGUGGGCUUCACUUUCACAGUCAUGUGGAACGGUGUUCAAGCGCUCGAAGCGAAGGCUGCUGGAAACGCUGAUGCCCCAAGCGAGGCAGAGACCAAGUCGUUGGUUGCGAAAUGGAAAGUCCAGAACUAUGUGCGGUCGGCGAUUGUUGGGAGUGCGGCGGUGUUGGGUGCUGUUGCUUUGCUUUCUUGA